GUUAUUCCAGUUCCAUCAAAAGUGCGAGUAGCUUAUCACUAAAGCAGAUGGUAUAGUGUAGAAGGAGACCAAGCAGUGCUAGUUGUAAUCCACUGCCUUCGAAACAAAUGGAAAUACCGGGAUUUUUGUCUCUGUAGGCUCGGAAAUCUCGGACAUUUUUCGGCGAAUGAUGCCAUCUGCCAGCUGGUGCAGAAGUCACGUUCUACGACUAGGGCAAAAAUGGACAUGGGUGCAAUCGACACACGGUCAAUCGACGGGAUUAUCUGAUCGAUUACGACUUCAAUCAACGCUAUCCUCUUCCUCGAGAAACCCUUUUGAUGUAAUGGGAAUCCCACGCAACUCUUGCGCGGAUGUAGUGAGGACGACGUUUUUACAGCUGGCUAUGCGCUAUCACCCCGAUACGUCGGGAAAAGAUACACGCGAAAAAUUUGAGGAAAUUAGAGAUGCAUUUGAUAGGAUCUCAAAAUCCGAUGGCAAGGAGAAAAAAAGCAAGACAUGGUUGACAGAAGAAGUAUUCAAUAAGUGGUUCGAAGAGCACACGGGACUUCGCAUGGAUGCCGCAACGCGAAGGGAAGUCAUGAUUGCGUACAGAGAUGGAGCAUGCAGUAACUCUCACUCAAGAACACGCUAUCUCCCUCCGGCAUGGCAAAUUGCUUUCAUUCUGGAGGAAGAAGGAUUGUUCACAAAAAAACUUUCAGGCGCCGAAAACUCUUUUCAGGACCAAACUUUGCCAGCGUUGGGUUCCCGUCGGAAAAGAGGUUUUUAAGGUACGCAAAUUUCAAUCUGAAGAUUUUCAUAAGUGGAGAAUCGAAGCAACUGUACGCAUUAAUAUUGUACCUUAUCCUCAACUAUUACAGUGAAUGCUAAGGACGAAAACCCAAUAGCACAAAAUUUUUGGAUUUGGAAUUAGUAAAACAUGCUGAGCAACUGCAAAGAAGAAAGACUUCAAUUGGUGAUUCAACGAUAUGUGCAAGAGAUGGAGUGUGGAGUCAUUAUUUUCAGUCAAUCGAAAGGAUAAAUAUAUUGAAAAGUGGAAUUCAGACUAGAGAAAUAUGCCCGACCCUGAUGUAAUCAUCUAAUAGAUCGAAUGAACAAAC